CGGAUCAUUUAUUCUCUGUUUUACUUCUAUUAUUUUUGUAGAAGCAAUGGAUAUCUACAGCUCAACGCUCUCACCGGCGCUGGACAUCUUCACAGGAUGCUAUCUGCUGGUUAUAGCUGUUCUCUCAAUUGUGGGAAACCUGCUGAUCCUCAUCAUGGCAGUCAAGAGGUCAUCAAGGAUGAAACCACCAGAGCUGCUGAGUGUGAAUCUGGCCGUGACAGACCUGGGAGCAGCUGUUGCCAUGUACCCUCUCUCUGUGGUGGCAGCCUGGAACCACCACUGGCUCGGGGGAGACGCUUUGUGUUUAUACUACGCUCUGGCAGGGUUUUUCUUCGGUGUCGCCAGCAUAAUGAACCUGACUAUCAUGGCAAUAGUGCGCUUCGUUGUGUCCCUCAAUCUGUCACCCAAUGAGAAAAUCGGCUGGAGAAAGGUGAAGAUUCUCUGUCUCUGGGUCUGGCUGUAUGGUCUGAUCUGGGCUCUGUUUCCCAUCCUGGGCUGGGGUUACGGGCCGGAGCCCUUCGGUCUGUCCUGCUCUCUGGCCUGGGGACAAAUGAAACAUGAGGGUUUCACCUUCGUCGUCAGUUUAUUUACCUUCAACCUCGUCCUGCCUUCCAUUAUCAUACUCUGCUGUUAUUUUGGCAUAGCCAUCAAGCUCUAUUUCACCUACAAAAAGUCAAUUUCCAACAUCAACCGAGUCCCCAAAAAUAUCAAGCUCCAUCAAAGGCUGUUGGUGAUUGCUGUGCUCGUCAGCUUUGGCUUUAUAGUAUGCUGGACACCCUAUGCCAUCGUCAGUAUGUGGUCUAUUCUGGGGGACAGCAGCAACAUCCCACCUGAAGUCAGUCUCCUCCCAUGCAUGUUUGCAAAGAGCUCCACUGUGUACAAUCCUUUGAUCUACUACAUCUUCAGCAAGAGUUUCAGAAGGGAGGUGAAGCAGCUGGGCUCGUGGUGCCUCGGCUGGAGCCCCUGCCAUGCCUCCAACACCAUCAAGGACAACAACAUUAGCAUGAGUUAUGCUGGUGACAAGAGCAGAGUAGACGUACUGACCACUUUGCAGUAGUUCGUGGAGUGAAAGACUUUAGGGUUGAAACACUUUGUGCUGGUUAUGUGGGAGAAUAAGUUGUCUCAUGAUGUCACAAAUGUUAUCACUAGAAAACAGUUGUAUUUGUAUUGUAUUUUUUCCGGUACAACUUGUGUAUGCCGUUAUGACAAAAUGAGCAGGGUAAUAAUGGCUUCUUUUACGUGCGGUCACAAUGAAAGAGACGGGGUGUUUGCACAAUAUGUUACAUGCUGUGAAAGUUGAGCCAACUAAGCAAUUGUUAAGAAUUAACAAUGUGCUUGCAAGUGUCUUUACACCCCUAAACCAACGUAGCCCAUUAAAAAAAUACCUAUUUACUGUUGAGUAAUAGAAAGAUGUGAAAGAAGCUAAAGCGACAAGUGGCUUCCACCUUUCAUACAAAAUCAUGCAUUUCACAUCACAUACCAAAGGUUGUACAGCAGAACACAACAAAAACCUUAAUAUUGAGCACAGAAAUGGAAUACUUCAGGUUUAAUCUGUAAUAGUUAUACUUGUUUGUUGGAAAAAUAACUCACCAAAUCAGUACAUUCCAGAAAAAAGGAAUAACCGUUCAGGGAUGACGUCUGCCAUUUACUGUAUGUACUAAAUGUUUAAAUUAAGUGACAGCUGCUCAUGUUUCAUAAGUUUGCCUCUUAAAGUGUUUACAAAAGUGACACCCAUUUUCCUUGUUUACCCUGUCUGAUGCAUGUACUGUAUGUUGGCUUCUCUUUCAAUUUUAAGCAGCAAUCUACAUGUUGUUAAGGAAUGUGAUAAGGUGUUCUAUUUUGAGGAUAAAACUGUUCUUAUAACUUUCUUACCAAAAAAUGUGGUCCAAAACCAAACAUAUAAUGUAUUCUACCAGCAAGCACUGCACUAACAUCUAGACUGGCGUUCAUUUGAAGGAAAUAUAAUGACAAUUUAUGGAUUUUUUUGCAGAAGAUUUGCUAAUUUAUUUGGUUUCCUGCUGGAUGUUUGAUGGGAAAGUCAACACCGCUUUGGAGUAUGCUAUUAUACUCUAUUAUGUAUUCUCAAGCUACAACCCAUUAGCUGAGUCUAGCAUGAAGACUGUAAAUGGGGGGAGAAGUGCCUCCCUCCAAAGGUAUACUUAUUUUUUGGUAUUUAUUUUUGACCUUUAUACUUGCUGGUAGGCAGAUUUAGCUCUUUUCCGUUGUUUCCAGAUUGUGUGAUAAACUUUGCUAAGCUAACUGCUGGUGGUGGCUUUAUAUGAAAUAGAUCGAUAUAAGAGUGGUGUCAGUCCUGUCAUCUCUCUCAAUUUGAAAGCUAAAAGUCUGUUUGAACAGUUUCUGAACAUAAAUGCAGUUUACCUAGAAAGUUCAUUUGAUAGUUCAAAGACACAGUGCUUUACAAAACAGUCAAGGAACUCUCAAGUUCUGGAGCUUUUGACAGUAUCACACAGUGCUCAUUAGCCGAUGGACUUUGCUCAGUCACAAUAGACCUAGACACUUUUAAGUGGAUGAAAUAGUUCCACGGAAAAAAACUCAGCCUGAUAAUGAGAAACCACAUGAUACAGUUGGAGGCGCACAGUACUGUUUUUUCACAAAGAAAUAAGGCUUUGACUAUACUGUCAGUGCUUGUUAGUAGAAUAAAGAUGUAUCCUUUACAUUUGAUUUGUUAAUAAUUAAAAUAAAACAAUCUCAAUCCCCUUAAAUAAUUUACUUGUAACUCUUUGAACUGUGAGAACUAUGAAAAUAAAAGCUUUUAGAAAUGAGUGUGUAGACAAUUUUCAUUCCCCAGGGUAUAAGUAGAACAGGCAAGUGAGAGUGCGUGUGGAACGUACUUUAGUAGCCUACAUUACUUAUAGUAAAUGUUUUAAAGAGUGGCUGUGACGCAGACUGCUGCAUCAUUUGUCUGACAUUUAAGCGCUUUCUCUACAAAUCGUUGUUGUUACCAUAGUGGUGUAAAGAAGUACAAGUAACAGUUGAGGUGUAUUUAUUCCAAAACAUAA